AUGGCCGCGUCUGCGCGAUGUCUUGAACGCCUCUUGAUGCGCCACAUCCUGAUUGGGCGCAAUGAGCGCACAAUGCCUCUGUGUCCACCACAUGCCCGUUUCGCACUCUACCGGCUACUUAAUCUUAAGCGCGAACGUCGAAGGUCCGAUAAAAGAACCGUUAGAGGUAUCACAAUUGUCCACAGUUCAAUUUCCCAACCGCUGCGAGUUGUCGGGCGUGCAAAGGAUGUGACCUCGCCGGGACGAGAAUCCCGCGGGAAGGGCGCGCAAGUCACGGCCGGACGCCGCCGGUUGUGCGCAGCCACAGGUCCACUCAACUCUGUCUCAGCGCGGACACGA